UUUAUGAAAUUUUCCAGUAUUUUUGUUCUAAAAACGAACCAAGUUUUGUGAAUUCCAACUUUUCUCAAUUUUACCGUAAAAUCCUACCAGACUCGGUCUUAUGCUCAGACUUCCAUAGCCAGACCUUAAAACCCUAGAAAUGUCCUUCUCCAUCUCCACCCGCCACAUCCGUCACCUAUCUACGGCAGCUGCCGCCACGACGACGACGUCCUCUUCAUUAACCAUUUCACAAGCGAAAUAUAAAUUAAGAACCGAGUAUGACCCAGAUAAAGCCCUAGAAAUUUACUCUUCUGUUUCCAGUCACUACACCUCCCCUGUCUCCUCUCGUUACGCUCAGGAACUAACCAUCCGGCGCCUUGCAAAGUCUCGUCGAUUCGGCGACAUCGAAUCCCUAAUCGAGUCCCAUAAAAACGACCCGAAGAUCACUCAGGAGCCCUUUUUGUCCACCCUGAUUCGAUCCUACGGUCGAGCUGGUAUGUUCGAGCACGCCAUGAGGACUUAUAAUCAGAUGGGAGAUUUAGGUACUCCUCGAUCCGCGAUUUCCUUUAAUGCCCUAUUAUCUGCUUGUAACCAUUCGAAGCAAUUCGACAAGGUUCCUCAACUGUUCGACGAAAUUCCCAAGAGAUAUAAUUUCUCUCCCAAUAAGAUCUCUUAUGGGAUCCUGGUUAAAUCCCAUUGCGACGCGGGCUCCCCUGAGAAGGCCGUACAGAUUGUCAAACAGAUGGAGGAAAAUGGCGUGGAGGUAACUGCGGUGACAUUCACAACCAUUUUAGGUGCGCUGUACAAGAAGGGUGAGAGCAAAGAGGCAGAGAAAAUUUGGAACAAGAUGAUAUCAAAAGGGUGUGAACUUGAUGUGGGAGCCUAUAAUGUUAGACUGAUGCACGAGCAUGGUGGCAAGCCAGAGCAUGUCCAAGCUUUAAUCGAGGAAAUGGCUAAUUCAGGUUUGAAACCCGACACAAUUAGUUAUAAUUACUUAAUGACUUGUUAUUGUAAGAAUGGGAUGAUCGAUGAAGCAAUGAAGGUGUAUGAUGAUAUGGAGGUAAAUGGGUGUAAUAAGAAUGCUGCAACUUUUAGAACAUUUAUAUAUUAUCUCUGUAGAAAUGGGGAGUAUGAGAAAGGGUAUAAGAUUUUCAAGGAGAGUGUGAAGAUGCAUAAGAUUCCUGAUUUUAACACAGUGAAGUAUUUGGUGGAGGGGCUAGUGGAGAAGAAGAAGAUGAAAGAAGCUAAGGGUUUAAUCAGGACUAUAAGGAAGAAGUUUCCUCCUGACACUUUGAAGGCUUGGAGAAAAGUUGAGGAGAGUCUUGGUUUGGCUUCUGCUGCUGCUAAUGCUUCUUCGAAGAAUGAUGAAGCUGGAACAUGAGUGUUAAAUUCAACUUUAUUGUUGUUGAGCUUGAUACUUUCUUCUCUGUAUCUGUAUUUACUGAUGUUUUGGUCCCUAAUUGCAUAAGUUCUGUAUUCGAAGCUGCAGAUGGCAAACAGUUGGUGUUAUGCCUUGGCAUUGGAAGCCUAAAUUAUGAGCAGUCACAUGGGACUAUAGAGUUUUAAAAGCAUCAAUUUUUAUUCUUAAUAGAUUCUGAGCCUUUCUUCUUUCAA